GCCGUGUAGGGUUCCAAAGGCACUGAGAAAGGGAGCGAGUGAGCGAGGAGAUAAAAAAGCGAACACUCCAUCAUCGUCAUCAUCUUGUUCUUUUUCUUCGUCCUCUACAACGUCUCCUCGGCUCCUCGCCAUUAAACAAGCCCUUCGAUCUCCCUCGCUCCUCUCUCACUCGCUCACUCGCUCACUUGAUCCUUCUUCUACUUCGCUCGCGCGUUCGAUCAUGGGGCGGGGCAAGUUCAAGGGCAAGCCCACGGGGCGGCGCAACUUCUCCACUCCCGAGGAGAUGGUUGCUGGUACCUCAGCCCGGCCCCGUACCUUUAAAAAGGAGGUGGAAGCCGAUGACGAAGAAAGGGAGGAAUUGGAGGAGGAAUCUGAAAAUGACUCUGAAGAAGACAAUGAGAAAAAGAAAGGUACACAAGGCAUUAUUGAGAUUGAGAAUCCAAACUUGGCUAAACCAAAGACGUUGAAAGCCAGAGAGGCUGAUCUGAACAAAACAGCUGAACUCUCAAGGCGUGAAAGGGAGGAAAUAGAGAAACAGAAAGCUCAUGAGCGAUACAUGAGGUUGCAGGAACAAGGAAAGACAGAACAAGCUAAAAAAGAUCUAGAGCGUCUUGCCUUAAUACGGCAACAAAGGGCUGAAGCUGCGAAAAAACGAGAGGAAGAGAAAGCUGCCAAAGAACAAAAGAAGACUGAGGCGCGCAAGUGAUUUGCCUGGAGACAUCGGCGUUUUCUUUGUCUGAUAUGUUGAAAUGGUUGAUGCCUCCACUUUUAGUAUUUUGUAAUACUCAUGUCGUAAUCUUUGUUCCAAUUUCAAUUCAUAUUAGGGUGAAACUGUAAAAUAGUAUUCGCAGCAUGAUGAAUAGCUUUCGCUCAUGCCAUCACCGGGACGGUCUAAAAUUUGGUCACUAGCUGACGACGGUAUUACGCACAAUAAAAGUUUCACAUUCUAUGCGAAUUUAUAAAUGUGGAGGCGAUCGUAUGGUAUGCGGUUUUGUAAA